AUGGACGUGGACGUGGACGUGGACGUAAACGUGGACGUCGACAUGGUCGUGGGCGUGGACAUGGACAUGGACGUGGACGUGGACGUGGACAUGGACGUGGACGUGGACGUGGACGUGGACGUGGACGUGGAUGUGGACAUGGACGUGGACGUGGACGUGGACAUGGACGUGGACGUGGACAUGGAGGUGGACGUGGACAUGGACAUGGACGUGGACGUGGACGUGGACAUGGACGUGGAUGUGGACAUGGACGUGGAUAUGGACGUGGACGUGGACAUGGACAUGGACAUGGACGUGGACGUGGACAUGGACGUGGACGUGGACAUGGACAUGGACGUGGACGUGGACAUGGACAUGGACGUGGACGUGGACGUGGACAUGGACGUGGACGUGGACAUGGACGUGGAUAUGGACGUGGACAUGGACAUGGACAUGGACAUGGACAUGGACGUGGACGUGGACAUGGACGUGGACGUGGACAUGGACGUGGACGUGGACGUGGACGUGGACGUGGACAUGGACGUGAACGUGGACGUGGACGUGGACAUGGACGUGGACGUGGACAUGGACGUGGACGUGGACGUGGACGUGGACGUGGACGUGGACGUGGACGUGGACGGGGACGUGGACGUGGACGUGGACGUGGACAUGGACAUGGACGUGGACCUGGACGUGGACGUGGACGUGGACAUAGACGUGGACGUGGACGUGGACGUGGACAUGGACGUGGACGGGGACGUGGACGUGGACUUGGACGUGGACGUGGACGUGGACAUGGACAUGGACGUGGACGUGGACGUGGACGUGGACAUGGACGUGGACCUGAACAUAGACCUGGACGUGGACGUGGACGUGGACGUGGACGUGGACGUGGACAUGGACGUGGACGUGGACAUGGAAGUGGACGUGGACGUGGACGUGGAUAUGGACGUGGACGUGGACAUAGACGUGGACGUGGACGUGGACAUGGAGGUGGACGUGGACGUGGACGUGGACGUGGACGUGGACGGGGACGUGGACGUAGAUAUGGACGUGGACGGGGACGUGGACGUAGACGUGGACGUGGAGGUGGACGUGGACAUGGACGUGGACGUGGACAUAGAGGUGGACGUGGACGUGGACGUGGACAUGGACAUGGACGUGGACGUGGACAUGGACGUGGACGUGGACGUGGACGUGGACGUGGACGUGGUCGUGGACGUGGACGUGGACGUGGUCGUGGACGUGGUCGUGGACGUGGACGUGGUCGUGGACGUGGACGUGGACGUGGACGUGGACGUGGUCGUGGACGUGGUCGUAGACGUGGACGUGGAGGUGGACGUGGAGGUGGUCGUGGACGUGGACGUGGAGGUGGUCGUAGACGUGGACGUGGACGUGGACGUGGACGUGGACGUGGACAUGGACGUGGACGUGGACGUGGAGGUGGUCGUGGUCGUGGACGUGGACGUGGACGUGAACGUGGACGUGGAGGUGGUCGUAGACGUGGACGUGGAGGUGGUCGUGGUCGUGGUCGUGGUCGUGGACGUGGUCGUGGUCGUGUCGUGGACCUGGACGUGGACGUGGUCGUGGUCGUGGUCGUGGUCGUGUCACGUGGACAUGGACGUGGACGUGGACGUGGACGUGGACGUGGACAUGGUCGUGGACGUAGACAUGGACGUAGACGUGCACGUGGACGUAGACGUGGACGUGGACGUGGACCGUGGACGUAGACGUGUACGUGGACAUGGACGUGGACGUGGUCGUGGACGUGGUCGUGGUCGUGGUCGUGGACGUGGGCGUGGACGUGGACGUGGACGUGGACGUGGACGUGGACUGGUCGUGGACGUGGACGUGGGCGUGGACGUGGACGUGGACGUGGACGUGGACAUGGUCGUGGACGUGGGCGUGGACGUGGACGUGGACAUGGUCGUGGACGUGGACGUGGACGUGGUCGUGGACAUGGACGUGGACGUGGAAACGUGGACGUGGACGUUGACGUGGACGUGGACGUGGUCGUGGACGUGGACGUGGACGUGGACUUGGACGUGGACCUGGUCGUGGACGUGGACGUGGACGUGGACGUGGACGUCGACGUGGACGUGGACCUGGUCGUGGACGUGGACGUGGACGUCGACGUGGACGUGGACAUGGUCGUGUGGACGUGGACUGGACGUGGACGUGGUCGUAGACGUGGACGUGGACGUGAACGUGGACGUGGACGUUGACGUGGACGUGGACGUGGACGUGGUCGUGGACGUGGACGUGGACCUGGUCGUGGACGUGGACGUGGACGUGGUCGUGGACGUGGACGUGGACGUGGUCGUGGACGUGGACGUGGACGUGGACGUGGAGGUGGAGGUGGACAUGGACGUGGACGUGGACGUGGACGUGGACGUGGACGUGGACGUGGAGGUGGAGGUGGACAUGGACGUGGACGUGGACGUGGACGUGGACGUGGACGUGGACGUGAACGUGGACGUGGUCGUGGACGUGGACGUGGACGUGGACGUGGACGUGGACGUGGACGUGGACAUGGACGUGGAGGUGGACGUGGAGGUGGACGUGGAGGUGGACGUGGAGGUGGACGUGGAGGUGGACAUGGAGGUGGACGUGGACGUGGAGGUGGAGGUGGACGUGGACGUGGAGGUGGAGGUGGACGUGGACGUGGACGUGGACGUGGACGUGGACGUGGACAUGGUCGUGGACGUGGACGUGGACGUCGACGUGGACGUGGACGUGGACCUGGUCGUGGACGUGGACGUGGACGUCGACGUGGACGUGGUCGUGGACGUGGACGUGGACGUGGACGUGGACUUGGACGUGGACCUGGUCGUGGACGUGGACGUGGACAUGGUCGUGGACGUGGACGUGGACGUGGACGUGGACAUGGUCGUGGACGUGGACGUGGACGUGGACGUGGACCUGGUCGUGGAUGUCGACGUGGACGUCGACGUGGACGUGGACAUGGUGGACAUGGUCGUGGACGUGGACGUGGACGUGGACAUGGACGUGGAGGUGGACAUGGUCGUGGACGUGGACGUGGACGUGGAUGCGGACGUGGACGUGGACGUGGAGGCGGACGUGGACGUGGACGCGGAGGCGGACGUGGACGUGGACGUGGAGGCGGACGUGGACGUGGAGGUGGAGGUGGACGUGGACGUGGAGGUGGACGUGGACAUAGACGUGGAGGUGGACGUGGAGGUGGACGUGGAGGUGGACGUGGACGCGAACGCGGACGUGGACGUGGACGUGGACGUGGACGUGGACGUGGACAUGGACGUGGACGUUGACGUGGACGUGGACGUGGUCGUGGACGUGGACGUGGACGUGGACGUUGACGUGGACGUGGACGUGGACCUGGUCGUGGACGUGGACGUGGACGUGGACGUGGACGUGGACGUGGACAUGGUCGUGGACGUGGACGUGGACGUGGACGUGGACGUGGACAUGGACGUGGACAUGGACGUGGACGUGGACGUGGACGUGGACGUGGACCUGGACAUGGACGUGGACAUGGUCGUGGACAUGGACGUGGACGUGGACGUGGACGUGGACGUGGACGUGGACGUGGAGGUGGACGUGGAGAUGGACGUGGAGGUGGACGUGGAGGUGGAGGUAGACGUGGACGUGGUAGGCCACGUGGAGGUGGACGUGGACGUGGACGUGGACGUGGACAUGGACGUGGACGUGGACGUGCACGUGGACGUGGACGUGGAAGUGGACAUGGACGUGGACAUGGACGUAGACAUGGACGUGGACGUGGACAUGGACGUGGACCUGGACGUAGACGUGGACGUGGACGUGGACAUGGUCGUGGACGAUGACGUGGACAUGGUCGUGGACGUGGACGUGGACCUGGUCGUGGACGUUGACGUGAACGUGGACGUGGACGUGGACGUGGACGUGAACCUGGUCGUGGACGUGGACGUGGACGUGGUCGUGGACGUGGACGUGGACGUGGUCGUGGACGUGGACGUGGACGUGGACGUGGAGGUGGAGGUGGACAUGGACGUGGACGUGGACGUGGACGUGGACGUGGACGUGGACGUGAACGUGGACGUGGUCGUGGACGUGGACGUGGACGUGGACGUGGACGUGGACGUGGACGUGGACAUGGACGUGGAGGUGGACGUGGAGGUGGACGUGGAGGUGGACGUGGAGGUGGACGUGGAGGUGGACAUGGAGGUGGACGUGGACGUGGAGGUGGAGGUGGACGUGGACGUGGAGGUGGAGGUGGACGUGGACGUGGACGUGGACGUGGACGUGGACGUGGACAUGGUCGUGGACGUGGACGUGGACGUCGACGUGGACGUGGACGUGGACCUGGUCGUGGACGUGGACGUGGACGUCGACGUGGACGUGGUCGUGGACGUGGACGUGGACGUGGACGUGGACUUGGACGUGGACCUGGUCGUGGACGUGGACGUGGACAUGGUCGUGGACGUGGACGUGGACGUGGACGUGGACAUGGUCGUGGACGUGGACGUGGACGUGGACGUGGACCUGGUCGUGGAUGUCGACGUGGACGUCGACGUGGACGUGGACAUGGUGGACAUGGUCGUGGACGUGGACGUGGACGUGGACAUGGACGUGGAGGUGGACAUGGUCGUGGACGUGGACGUGGACGUGGAUGCGGACGUGGACGUGGACGUGGAGGCGGACGUGGACGUGGACGCGGAGGCGGACGUGGACGUGGACGUGGAGGCGGACGUGGACGUGGAGGUGGAGGUGGACGUGGACGUGGAGGUGGACGUGGACAUAGACGUGGAGGUGGACGUGGAGGUGGACGUGGAGGUGGACGUGGACGCGAACGCGGACGUGGACGUGGACGUGGACGUGGACGUGGACGUGGACAUGGACGUGGACGUUGACGUGGACGUGGACGUGGUCGUGGACGUGGACGUGGACGUGGACGUUGACGUGGACGUGGACGUGGACCUGGUCGUGGACGUGGACGUGGACGUGGACGUGGACGUGGACGUGGACAUGGUCGUGGACGUGGACGUGGACGUGGACGUGGACGUGGACAUGGUCGUGGACGUGGACAUGGACGUGGACGUGGACGUGGACGUGGACGUGGACCUGGACAUGGACGUGGACAUGGUCGUGGACAUGGACGUGGACGUGGACGUGGACGUGGACGUGGACGUGGACGUGGAGGUGGACGUGGAGAUGGACGUGGAGGUGGACGUGGAGGUGGAGGUAGACGUGGACGUGGACGUGGAGGUGGACGUGGACGUGGCAUGGACGUGGACGUGGACAUGGACACGUGGACGUGGACGUGGACAUGGUCACAUGGACGUGGACGUGGACGUGGACGUGGACAUGGACGUGGACGUGGACGUGGACAUGGACGUGGACGUGGACAUGGUCGUGGACGUGGACGUGGAUGUGGACGUGGACUUGGACGUGGACGUGGAUGUGGACGUGGACGUGGACCUGGUCAUGGACGUGGACGUGGACGUGGACGUGGUUGUGGUCCUGGUCGUGGACGUCGACGUGGACGUGGACGUAGACGUGGUCGUGGACCUGGUCGUGGACGUGGACGUGGACGUGGACGUGGACAUGGACGUGGACGUGGUCGUGGACGUGGUCGUGGACGUGGUCGUGGUCGUGGACGUGGACGUGGACGUGGACGUGGACAUGGACAUGGACGUGGACAUGGACGUGGACGUGGACGUGGACGUGGUCGUGGACGUGGACGUGGACGUGGACGUGGACAUGGACGUGGACGAGGACGUGGACGUGGACGUGGACGUGGUCGAGGACGUGGACGUGGUCGUGGACGUGGACGUGGACGUGGACGUGGACCUGGACGUGGACAUGGACGCGGACGCGGACGUGGACGUGGACGUGGACGCGGACGUGGACGUGGACGUGGACGUGGACGCGGACGUGGACGUGGACGGGGACGCGGACGUGGACGCGGACGUGGACGCGGACGCGGACGUGGACGUGGACGUGGACAUGGACGUGGACAUGGUCGUGGACGUGGUCGUGGUCGUGGACGUGGACGUGGACGUGGACGUGGACGUGGACGUGGACGUGGACGUGGACGUGGUCUUGGACAUGGACUUGGACGUGGACGUGGACGUGGACAUGGACGUGGACGCGGACGUGGUCGUGGACGUGGACGUGGACGUGGACGCGGACGUGGACGUGGACGCGGACGUGGACGUGGACGUGGAUGUCGACGUCGACGUGGACGUGGACGUGGACGUGGACGUCGACGUGGUCGCGGACGUGGACGUCGACGUGGUCGCGGACGCGGACGUCGACGUGGACGCGGACGUGGACGUCGACGUGGACGCGGACGUGGACGUCGACGUGGACGUGGACGUGGACGUCGACGUGGACGUGGACGUGGACGUGGUCGUGGACGUGGACGUGGACGUGGACGUGGACGUGGACGUGGACGUGGACGUGGACGUGGACAUGGACGUGGACGUGGACGUGGACGUGGACGUGGACGUGGACCUGGACGUGGAUAUGGUCGUGGAGGUGGACGUGGACGUGGACAUGGACGUUGACGUGGACAUGGACGUGGACGUGGACGUGGACGUGGACGUGGACAUGGACGUGGACGUGGACGUGGACGUGGAUCUGGACGUGGACGUGGUCGUGGACGUGGACGUGGACAUGGACGUGGUCGUGGACGUAGACGUGGAUCUGGACGUGGACGUGGUCGUGGACGUGGACGUGGACGUGGACGUGGUCGUGGACGUGGACGUGGGGGACUAG